CUUCUUCCACUGAGAUGAAAGAUGUGUUGUUUUCGGACUUCAGAACACCUUAUACGGUGAAUGAGCUAACUACAGGGCACAACGAUCUUGAGUGCUUACUGUGAAAAUGAGUCAUCCGAGAGGAGCAUGUGGAAUGACAAGAUGGGAGGAUGAGAGCAAUGAAAGUAUGUGCGUGUAUGUGUGUGAGAGAUGUGAUAUGAACACUUGUGCAAGUGGUGUAGAAUUGUGGAGUGAUGGGAUUGUUCAAAGAGAACACUGAACUCGUAUGGCCAUAUUGAGAGGAUGACGUGUAAACUAUUUGUAGAGUUAGCUUAUGUAAGCGAUGCUGGUUCUAAUUGGGGAGACAGGCCACUUCCGAGAUGGAAGGAUAGUGUAAAGAAGUAGCUGUGUGUAAAAGAGAUGUUAAUAUAGGCCAUGUGCUUAAACAAUCAAGAAGGUAAUGUAUGGAUAAGAAGAGGAGAGACUUCUGCCGUACCCGCCACUAUGGAAGCGGACCGAGGCUUCAAAUUAAUCAGUGGUUCCCAAAUUAUUUAAAUGACGCCCCCCUUUCUGUUUCUAUUAGAGCCGCACGUCCCCAGCCCCACAAAUUUUAAUGUGCUUAUGUAAAAUUACAAGUAGUUUUAUAUCCUUACACUGAUUAGAAAAGAAAAAAAAAACGCGCAAUGCAAGAAAAAGAUAUUUUAAAAGCACUUCUUUCUUGGGGUAAUUUCAUUAUUUACUUUUAAGAGAAUGAUUUUUGGCCAGAUGACUUCACGCUCCCAUCUUAGGUAAGGGGUGUAGCUCCCUCCAGUUUGGAAAUCACUAAGAAAGAUAGACAGAUAGAUAGACAGAUGGCGACAUAGAACAACUCUGUAAAGCUGACGACCUAACCUGUCGUCCAGCAGUCCAUUUCUCGCUCUCUACUAGUGUACUUGUUGUUGUUGUUGUUGUUGUUGUUGUUGUUGGUGGUGGUGGUGGUGGUGGUGGUGCUGCUGCUGUUGCUGAUGCUGCUGUUGCUGAUACUGCUGUUGCUGAUAUUGCUGCUGCUGCUGUUGUUGCUGCUGCUGCUGCUGCUGCUGCUGCUGCUGCUGCUGCUGUUGUUGUUGUUGUUGUUGUUGUUGUUGUUGUUGUUGUUGUUGUUGUUGUUGUUGUUGUUGUUGUUAUUGUUGACGUCAUUAAGAAAUGUCAAGAUUCUGUACUGCUUUCACAAUAAUAAUAAAUUACUGCGGGAUGACUUUGUUUAAUAUAGGUGUUUCACGUCACCUCCUAAUAGACACCACUUAGGAAUUCUUAUAAAUUACCACUCAUUAUUUAGAAAACUGCUAGUUUUACUCCGUUAACUGUGAACUAAGUAUUGGUCAGUUCGUUGCAGUGUUGGGAAUGCAGACGUGCGAAGGACAUGAUCUAGCAUAAUUUUUAGAUUAGUCCCGCCCCUUGCUUCCCUACCUAAGAACACACUCUUCAAGCAUGAGGAAAGACGUGAAGGUGUUUUUAGUUUUCAACAUAGCUUUCAGUUCUAUCUUAACGUUACUUACCGUCUUUCUGUACUAUAAUCGCUCGACCAACACUGUAAUCUUUGGAGUAAUCAUUCCGCUGUUUCUCUCCUGCUUGUGGCUCUCGUGGUACUUAAACCACCGGCAGCUGAGCAACGCUACGCAGUUGACUGAGGACGUUGAAAGCGGCCAAGGCGGUGCUUCCUCGGAGGAUGCUCCUCCCAUUUACGAGACUGUGGUGGCCAAGCCACCACCUUACGACUGUUUGUACGGGAGCAACCACUUGCCGUCCUGUGGAGGGGAUGACGCGGAGGUGGAGCCAGGAGUGAGUGACGGCUGCAGUGACUCCGACUUACCCACCUAUACCCAGGCAGCACAAGCUCCGACGCCUGUCUGAUCGUCAAUGCAAAAGGAAAUUUCACUAAGGAAUUUCAGUGUUACUAACUUACUGAUAGAGUCGUGGAUCAGGUUUGCAGUUUCUCUCAGAAUGCAUCUGUUUGGAUGUUCAUUGGUGACAAGGAAAGACAAGUUAUAGUCUAAUUUUCAGGUCACCUCAGAAUAUCUCGUCCAUGCCAGGCUUUGCCAACCCGUGCACCACAGAGAGACGGAACAAAGUGGAGACAUGAUGUCUCCACAAACUGUUUUGCGAGUGAAGUGGAAAAAAAAAGUCAGACAACGUCUGAAGCAUCGGAAGCAUCGCUUUGCUUGUGAUUAAGAAAAGCUUAGGCCACAGCUCUACCAUUUUACGUUUCUAAUCAUUCGCGUAAUAUGGUUGUACAGUACCUUAGAUGUCUGACACGUAAGAUAAGACGAUAAGACUUAGGAGCAACGGUAUGUUGAUACUGAAUGCCUGCGAUAAAUAAAUUUUGUGAAGGUAGGCAUAAAAAAAAAAGUGUGUGUGUGUGUGUGUGUGUGUAUUAGACUCCAUGCUAUCUCAUUCGUCUCUUCCACUUCCCCUCUGCCCUCACGUGGUUUACGUGGACAGAAUAUGUGGCCUGAAGAAGCCUUUGUAUCUUUUGCAUCCUUCCGCUACUGAUGGGCUGAUGAUGAACUCAAAAUUGGCGUGCGUUGAUCUUAAGCAUCUUGUUAUUUUGAUCAAGGAAAAGUCUGACUGCUCUCACAUAAAUACCUGUGGAAUUGCCGUUUACUCCAAUGUAGAAAACGAGUUUGGAAGAGUGCAGUGAAGGAUUGUAAGCUCGUUGUCAGAAGACUGACUGGAUCCACAAUAAUGUGUAAUGCGUUUUCAGAUCCUGGUCACCUUUCAGAAAAGAAAACAUAAAACUUUAUGUAUGACGAAUUUGUAGAGUACUAUUAUUAGAAUAUCAUGAUAUGAUAUCAUAAUAUUCAGUGAGAAGCCUAUAAGCAGGUUCUUUUGAAAUUGCGGUAGAUUCACUGAUAACAUGGCAGUGAUCAAAAAGUAUAUUAUUUCACACUCGUAAAUUGUUGUUUAGCCUUAGUAAAUGGGAGCUUUGUUAACCAUCCAUACACGAAUAUGCUGCUUUAUAAUUAUUCAAGGCGUAGUUCAUGUUAAAUGGUCUCGUAUAAGGAGACUGAAUUAUUUCGUACACAGUGUCACAUGAUGAUGAGAAAUUAUGGAAUAAUGUGUUAUCAAUGAUAGGGAAGAAAGUCAUCAUAUGAAAUUUCGUCGUGUUUACAAAACAUGAGAAUCACUGUACAGGUAAAUAUGUGUAUUGCAGUAAUGAGGUACAAUAAUUCUUUAUUUCUCAUGAUUUGGAUGUAACAUAUCAAUUUCUACAAAUUUUAAAAAUGCUGCAACAUUAAUUGACAUCUAUUGCAUUGGGAUGAAACAGAUAUACGAAACCAAAGCUUUAUAAUAUCAUCAUAAUUUAGUUUUGGAUGUAAGAAAAAUUGGUUUGUAAGAGUUGAGAUAAACCGUGAUAAAUAUCGAC